CCCGGAGGGCUCUCCCGUCUGGUUUCCCCAGGCCCCGCCCCGCCCCACGGCUCUAGGUCCUGCCCCGGCGGGGCCCGCGCCGUGCGCGAGGAGAGCGGCGGGUGCAGCACCAUGGUUCACGCGUUCCUCAUCCAUACGCUGCCCCCUCGGCCCGGGGAAGAGGCUGGGCUCUGCCGGGUGCUGUAUUCCAGGGUCUUUGGCUCUGAGAGGCCGGACCAGUCCCCGGAGCAGCCCGGGCCGCAUGAUCUCGAGAAGGAGAGACUGGGCAGGAAGGAGCAGAUUUUGGCUGUGGCCAGGCAGGUGGAUUCAGCAUGUAAACUGCUGCACCAGGCGUCAGGGCGCCCUGCCUCUGACUUCCCCAUCCAGCUGCCCGACGAGCCCAUUUCCCUCCAGGAUGCCCCAUCCGGGGUGUUCCGCCUCCCUCCCGGGGAUCCCUUCCGUGAGAACAAGACGGUGCUCUGGCUGGGGGUCCUGUCUCUGGGCUUCGCUCUGGUGUGCGACCCCCAGGAGAACCUGACGCUGGCCGAGAACACCCUGCGGCUGGUGGUAAAGUAUCUCCUGGAGCAUCUGAAGUUGCUGAACCAGGGCAGCGACGUGGUCCUCAAGGCAGACAAGACCGAGAUCAUCUUGAGCAAGUUUCUGCCCCAUGGGCAGUUGCUCUUCCUGAAUGAUCAGUUUGUUCAGGGACUAGAAAAGGAGCUGGGUGCCUGUCUGGCCAAGUAGAAGGCUCUUAGUGGAGUGUGCCGUCGGCGCAUCUGCUGGGCAAACCCUCUGCCUGGGUCAGUCGGCAGGCAGCAUGAACGUUUGGGGGGGCGGGGGGUGCACUGUCGUUUAAAGGAGACACAUCAAGGUUGGUAGCUGUGGCCCUGCUAGCUUUUAUUAUCAUCGUUCUGGCCAUGCAGCACGUCCCUCUGGCUGCCUCCUCCCACCGAAAUCUCCUGUCCCACAGCAGCCGUUAGAGGAAGGGGGAGAUGUGUGUGCGGUUGGGGGAUCUGCACUUGUCACCCGCUUGAAAUGAUUGGUCAGUUCCUAUUCUCAAUAAACUUCGCUUGGCUGGGAGAAACCCGCCUGCGCCA